AUGACACUAUCUAUCUAUCUCUCUCUCUCUCUCUCUAUCUAUCUAUCUAUCUAUCUAUCUAUCUAUCUCAGUCUGUUCAUAUCUAUCUAUCUAUCUAUCUAUCUAUCUCAGUCUACAUGUUCAUAUCUAUCUAUCUAUCUCAGUCUGUUCAUAUCUAUCUAUCUAUCUGUUCAUCUCAUCUAUCUCAGUCUAUCUAUCUAUCUCAGUCUCAGUCUGUUCUGUUCAUCUAUCUAUCUAUCUAUCUAUCUCAGUCUGUUCAUCUAUCAUAUCUAUCUCAGUCUGUUCAUAUCUAUCUAUCUAUCUAUCUAUCUAUCUAUCUAUCUCAUUCAGUCUGUUCAUAUCUAUCUAUCUAUCUAUCUAUGUAUCUCAUCAGUCUGUUCAUAUCUAUCUAUCUAUCUAUCUAUAUCUUUCGUCUGUUAUUCUAUCUAUAUCCAUCCAUCUAUCUCAGUCUGUUUCUAUCCAUCCAUCUAUCUCAUCCAUCUCUCUCAGUCAGUUCAUAUCUAUCAUCUCAGUCUGUUUAUAUCUAUCUAUCUAAUUAACUAUGACAUCCAUCUAUCUCAUCUGAGAGAAGGUUCAUAUCUAUCUAUUAAAUCCAUCUAUCCAUCUCAGUCAAAAAUCAGCGGAGUCUGUUCUUUGACACUUAUCUAUCUAUCUAUCUAUCUAUCGAACAAUCCCAGUCUGUCAGGUCAUUCAACGCUAUUGGAUAAAUUCUUCCUCUUCAUCAGUCAGUUGAUCUAUCUAUCUAUCUAUCUAUCUAUCUAUCUAUCUAUCUAUCUAUCUAUCUAUCUAUCCAAGUUUUCAAUCCCAAGGUCAGGUCAUUCAACGCUAUUGGAUAAAUUCUUCCUCUUCAUCCUUGAUAUCUAUCUAUCUAUCUAUCUAUCUAUGGACUUAUCGGGAAAUUAUAUAUAA